CCUCCAUUACAAUAUUCUAUAUUUCUCUCCUUAACAUGGAGCAUUGCUAUGGUGACGCAACAAUCACGAAAAUUACAUCAUCUUCUUCUCCUUCCCCUAUUCCUCCACCACCACCGCCAGUGGUAAGCCCUUGCUCUGCUUGCAAGAUUUUGCGACGGCGAUGUGUAGAAAAAUGUGUGUUGGCACCUUAUUUUCCACCAAGUGAUCCACUCAAGUUUACUACUGCUCAUCGUGUUUAUGGCGCCAGCAAUAUAAUCAAGCUCUUGCAGGAACUGCCAGAGGCCCUAAGAGUCGAUGCUGUGAGUAGCAUGGUUUACGAGGCGAAUGCAAGACUAAGAGAUCCUGUGUAUGGAAGUGCAGGAGUGAUUUCCCAACUCCAAAACCAAGUAAAUGAACUUCAACAACAACUGGCAAUGGCACAAGCUGAGAUUGUCAAUAAGCAAUCUCAACAAGCAAAUCUUAUGGCCCUUAUGUGCAUGGAAAAAUGGCACAAAAUAAUUCCUCACCAACACCAUUCCUCUGACAAUGAUUACCAGACUAAUAUGAGCUUCCUAGAUGAAAGUCUUGGAUCUUUGUGGGAGCACGUUUGGACAUGAUAAUUUUAUAUCGAUUAUAUCACUACACUUGAAGACAACUCAGGAAACACUUUAUAGGACGAAAUUAAAAUCGAGAAUUUCGAAGUUAAAUUCUUGACUAGCAUUGUUUUGUCGGAACUUAUAAACUAGUAAUGAAGUUUCAAUUAUCUCUUA